AUGGCAUACUUUAUCCGUGGCAACGACUGUAUGGUACGCCAUUGGUGGGGGCAAUCUGCACAUGACAUUGCUAAUGGACGAACCCCUUGCCAGAUCGUAGAAUGGAUCUUCUUCGUUGUCGCCUACGCUUUCGUUGCUGCGCGCAUCUACGUGCGUCUGUUCUGCCUUCGCAAGAGAUUGAACUGGUCCGAGCUCUUGCUGGUGGCCUCUGCCCUCGACGCCCUGGGUUUGAUCGUCUGCGACACCCUCACUUUCCAGAUGGGCGUAUUGGACGAUUAUCAGACUUCGGAAAAACUGUACAAGAUCUCGUUCGCCUCGAACUAUUUCUACGACUUCGGACUGGGCCUGCCCAAGCUCAGCAUGCUGGCUUUCUACUGGACCUUCUUCGAUGUUAACCGCCACCGAACGGUGCGGAAAGUCUUGUUGUUCAUGAUCGCCUUCGUCGUUGCCUGCUAUCUGACGAGUCUCCUCGACGACACGUUCUUCUGCGGCAAAGACAUCUCUGUGCAGUGGUCUCAAGAGAAAGGCGCAUGUUCCGUUUUCUAUGCUCAGGAGCCUUUCAUCCUAAACUUCACGCUCGGCUUGACUUGCUAUCUGAUCAUCUACAUGCUCCCCACGACCCUCCUCAUCCGAGGCAUCCUCGAGACAUCCACUGCGGUCGUUCUGACCCUUGCUAUAGGAGCACUCCCCAUAGUCACGGGCGUCGUCCGCUACAUCUGCCUCAAAGUUGGGACGGGCCAGGAAAACCUUGUCUACAUCCUGAGCAUGGCCGAACUGGCCCUCGCCAUUAUCGUCGCCUCGCUGCCUGGACUAAAGAUAUUUUGGGUGAGGGACAACAGAGGCAGUAGACGAGGCGUGACGGCCACGGCAGAGCUGGGAGAGGACACGAAGUCGUCGGAGUCGGACAAAACGCGAAAGGCUGUUAGCGAGCAAGUUUGA